CGGCGAAGGCGAGGUGUUUUGUAAAUUUGUAUUGCUAAUAAUUGUAUUGUUGAUAAUCUAAGAUUUAUAAUGGAAGAGAACGUUGCGUUAGACUCGACGAAACAAAAGAAAUUUGUUAAAUCCAUUAGAGGCAUAAAAAAGCUAAUUAAGAAAAAUGAAAAGAAGACGAAGCCUCAGAAAAAGGAGAAGACGGAGUCUACUCAGCCGCCGAAACCUUUUAGUAUGAGACUAAAAGGUGACAAAGUUAAUAAAAAUAAAAAGAGGCGCAAGCAGAGAGGACUGGUGUAUCUUGCACAUAUACCACAUGGAUUUUAUGAGCAUCAAAUGACAGAAUAUUUCAAGCAAUUUGGUGUUGUUACAAAUGUAAGAGUGAUCAGAUCAAAGCGCACUGGCAACUCUAAAGGUUUUGCAUUUGUUGAAUUCAAAGAACCUGCUGUUGGACAAAUUGUUGCUGAGACUAUGAACAAUUAUCUUAUGGGAAAGCGGUUGAUUAAGGCUGCCUAUAUUCCCCCUGAGAAACAAAAACAUAAUGCAUUUAGAAAGCAUUGGAAUAGUGUGAACAAUCCUACAAGUAACAGAAGAUUGAAAAUUAAAAAGGCAUUCAAUGCAGACAAAGAUGAAGCAACCGAAUUAAAAAAAGCUAGGAAACUCUUGUCUAACUUGAAUAAAAAUAAGAAGAAACUUAGUGAUUUAGGUAUCAAUUAUGACUUCUUUGCACCAGUAGAUGUGCCAGAAGCACUACUUAAUGAGAUUGUUAAAGAAGAAAAAGUUGAUGGUAAUGAUUCUGUGAAGGAAGAAGAAAAGUCUAAGAAGGGUAAAAAGGCCAAACAAGAACAAACAGAAAAUAAAAAAGCAGUAAAACCUGAAGUUAAAGACAGUGGUAAACCACAAGAAGUAAAGGGGAAAAAGAAUAAAAAUAAAAAAGAAGACAGCAAACCAGAUAACCUACCAGCAGAAGCAAAGAAAGGUAAACCUGCAGAAGAUAAAAAAGAAACAGUUAAAAAAGCAAAUAAGAAAGAUAACAAACCAGUAAAAGUUGAUGAAAAACAACAAAAACAAAAGGAACAGAAAUUGAAGGAUGCUGGUGUUAAACCAGCUGAGUUUAUUAAACUAGACAAUGAUGAUUCUGGUGAUGAAAGUGGCAGUUCAGAUGAAUAUGCCUUUGACUCUGAUGAGUAUGAGAAAAUGUUAGAAAAAAUGAGUGAAAAUUCAGAGUUGUCAUUUUUGAGUGAUGAGGAUGAUGAAACCUCUAUUGAUGAAGAUAAUGAAGAAGAUGGGGAUGGUGAUGAAGGCGAAGAAGAAGAAGAAGAGAGUGAUGAAGAAGAGGAACCACCUAAGAAGACUAAAGGCAAACCUGCUUUAAAAGCGGUUCAGCCUAUAUUAAGUAAGAAACAGCCUCCAAAACCACAGGCAAAGAAACAACCACCACCAAAACCGCAGGCAAAACCUCAGGAACAAAAGAAACCUGUUGAAGCUAAAAGGAAAGCACCUACAAAACCAGCAGUUUCACCCAAAAAACCGAAGUUUGAAAAGCAAACUCAAAAAGCUAUGAAGAAGCAAUUUAAAAAGAAGUAGGUAAAUAAAUAUGUGAAAAAAAUAUUUGUUUUAUUUCAAUAUUUUAAAGGUGACUAGAAUAUCUUUAAGUCAGUAUGUUUAAUCGUAGUUUAAUAAUGUUUACUAUAGCUGAGCCAACCUGGAAUGGAAAUAUGGAACCUAGAAAACAGGAAUGACGAUUGAAUAUAAAAAAAAGUAUUUUUCAUCGUCCAUCAGAUAAUCAAUACAUAGUAUAAAACUAAGUGGCU